UCUCUUGCUAUCAAGUAUCCACACCGCCGCCAUGACGCAGUGUAAAGCUUUAACAACGCCAGACACGAUGUGGACCUUUUGUCCCUCGAUUGGUGCUGCGUACUUGUUCACCGUGCUUUUCGCUCUGACGACUCUCGCCCACCUCGCACAGGCGAUUCUUCACCGCAAAUUCUACUCCUGGGUGAUCGUCAUGUCCGGUCUCAUCCAGACAGUGACCUACAUUUUCCGCAUUCUCAGCAUCCUGCAUCCUGCCAGCUAUACAGACUACGCGGCAUGGUUCGUGCUCAUCCUUAUUGCGCCUCUCUGGACCAACGCCUUCGUUUAUAUGAUCAUGGGCCGCAUGGUGUGGAACUUCACCGAUGACGCGCGCGUCCUCCGCGUGCGACCCUGGCAUUUCGGUCUUUUCUUUGUGGCUCUAGAUAUAAUUGCAUUCAUCGUCCAAGUCUACGGAGCCGCCCAAGCAGCCGGCAACAACGUCUCCUACAGCACGGAGAUGACGGGCUUGCACAUCUACAUGGCCGGCGUGGGCGUGCAGCAGUUUUUCGUCCUCGUGUUCGUGGUCUGUGCCGUGGCCUUCCACCGUACGUUGCUCCAGCAGCGGCGCUCGGACGCAAAGAAGGCAUUACUUCUUCUCUAUGUGCUUUAUGCAUGUCUUGCCCUGAUCACUAUGCGGAUCAUCUUCCGACUGUGUGAGUAUGCGCAGGGCCUGAACAGCAAAAUUCCCGCCCAUGAAGCUUAUCAGUACUGCCUGGACUCCUUGCCGAUGCUGUCGGCGCUGGUGCUGCUCAAUGUGGUGCACCCAGGUCGGAUCAUGCCGGGUAAGGGCAGUGAUAUGCCGAGUCGAAAGCAGCGUAAGAAGAUGGGUGUGACUAGUAAAGGGAAGAUGCCGAAUGAUGACGUGGUUCGCUUGAGGGAGUGCUGA